AUGCCGGCAGCGCGUAAGAGAGGAGCGCUGCUGCUGACUGCUCUGCUCCUUCUGUGGGCUCUAGUGCAGAUUGCCUUCUGGUACUGGCUCCAAGGCAAAGGAAGCAGGGCGAGACGCGCUGUGCAAGUUCGAGUGGUGGAGGACAAGGCCAUGGUGGAGAUCGUCGGUCAAUCGGAGGACGAGAAGGUCUGGUUCACCAGGGACGGCACCCAGCCCAAUCCUUCCUCGUCCGAGGUCUACCAUGGAGCCUUCUUGCUGCGGCAGGGCAUAUGGACGAUUAGCGCUGCAGCAUGGAGGGGAGGGAAGAGGGUGGGGCAUGUGGUACGGACCAGGAGGAUAGUGUGCAGGAGAGGGGAAAACUUUCUUGUGAGCUGCAGGGUGAGGAACUCUACAGGGCCUGCGAGCCUUUCCUGGAGGACAUGCAGCCUGGAGCUGAACCGGCGGCUGCGAGAGGUGAAGGACGUGCUGGUGGAGGAGAACGUGACGAUCCACUCGAUCUCGGAGGAGAGGAAGCCGCGCAUGCAGCUCAAGGUGGUGGGCUCGACUAUGGAUGAAGCAUGCAGGACUGCGCUGUCCUCAGAUUGGUCGGAGUGCCGCGGCCUCACUGGGUCGUCUUCUCCUCCUCCUCUCCCGCUCCUCGCCUUCCGCAUCUCCUACGUCGCGAGCAUCGAGUGCGGAUUCAUCGGGAUGAGGAUGAGGGACGGGGAGCUCGGCUAUGGGGGGCUGCCGAUGGACAGGAGCAGGUUCUUCCGGCACGAUCCUUCUCUCCCCCUUCCUGUCUACGACGUGAUGGAGGAGGAGGAGGAGGGAGGAGGCGGGAGGGCUCGUCUGCUCUCCUACGACGAGCUUGCGAUGAUUCCCCUUGCCGACAUGCCAGGUGAAGACUCAUGGCAUCAGCUGCUCCCCAGGCUCCUAUGGAUGAUGCACAUCCUUCCAGCUACCGUCAAGUUCCUGCUGCCUCCUCCUCAAGGAGCCCUGCGGGACAUCCUCUCCCUCCUCGCGCAGGAGAGCCUCCAGGAGCUCUUCGAUGCCUCCCGCCUCGUCUUGUGGUCUCCAAACUUCUUCGUCGCCCAACGGCUCUACUUCUAUGGGGAGUCUCCCUUCCUUCGCUCCUCAUCCCCCCGAAAGAGACUUCCUCCUCCUCCUCCCCUCCUCCUCCGUAACUGCCGGGCGGUUCUCCGGAGCCUCCCUGGUCUCAGAGCCCUCGACUCCUACCUCCUCCUCGUCCCUCACGGCUACUUCGACUGGGACCCAGAUAACCUGCAGCAGGCAGCUCUUGCCUUGUCUGUCUUCCUCCGGCGUGGUCCCAUCCGCUACCGGGUGGUGGAGGAGGGGAGGGAGAGAAUCGAGCUACCGCAGGACGGAGAGGGAGCUCAGUCCGAGGAGGGUAAAAACUUCCGUCCUCACUCUCCCCUCCUCUCCCUCCUCUCCCUCUUUGCCGAAGCUCGCGCCGUCAUCGGCGUGCAUGGCAGGAUGCUCGGGUACAUCCUCUGGUGCUCCCCGGGCACGAGCGUGAUCGAGAUCGGACCCUCUACCCAGCUGGCAAGCUACAAGGAGGAAGGGGAGCCGCAGGAGCUGCGGGGAAGGCCGUGGGACAGUCGCUAUCAUGAGCUAGCGGCGGCCCUCAACAUCCGUUUCUCAAUCCUCCCCGCAAGCUGGACGAACUCCUUCUCCUCCCUUCCUUCUUCCCUUCCGCCUCCCUCCUCCGCUCCCUCCUCCGCUCCUUCCUCCUUGCCGUCCUCCGUCGCCAUCGACGUUCGUCUCCUCCUUCUAUGGCUCGUCGAUGAGUUCGAAGAUGGGGAGUCUGAAGUCGUCCUGCCAAUUAGCAGCCGAACUCUCUGCGAAGAUCGCGGGAUGAAUCUUGCGCUGCGAGGCAGGACGAGGUCGUCGGGCGGGGAGGUCGGGCAUGAGGGGGACAAGACUGUGGACGGAAAGCUGGAGACAGCAUGGGAGACGUACGGGGACGAUGACCACUGGAUCGAAGUCGAGCUGCGUGAGAGGGGGAGUGCGUGCGGUGUGCUGGUGGAAUGGGGCUCGACGCUUCCCAGCUCCUUUCGCGUCCUGCUCUCCACAGUAGGAGGGUGGCCGGAGAAGGAGCAGCAGGACGCGUCUCCCUUCGAUCUAACCCGCGUGCGAGAUCGUCUGUUGGAGAGGAGGAGCAGGGAGAUCGGUCAUCUGUUGCUGCUUCCUCCUACUGGAAUUGACGAUCAAUACUCGCAGAUGACCCGCUGA